ACUGGAGCCACAGAAGAGUGCCACAUGGCAAAAGAAAUCUCCACAUUGGCGCACGCCUAUUCUGAAGCUACUUGCCCAUCCAUUGGUUUGAAAUCAUGAUUUCCCCAUCACCACCACCACAUCCUCCUCCUCUACUAACCCAUUAUUUCCACUCUCCAAUUUCUUUUUCCAUUUUUGUUCAGCACAGAAACCACUAUCCCACAUUAGAACACCUUCAAGUUCGACUGAUAACUCUGUUGCCAUUGGUAACAACAAAUGGCUUCAACUCUGUUCUGCAGUUCAAUAAACCCAUCAACCACAAAUUUCUCAAGAACCCGCUACGCAAUUCCAAUAUCUAAACACAACCCAGUUGAAUUCUUCCACUCUUUGAGCUGUAACAAAGAAAAUGGGCACAUGAAAACGAUGGCGACAAAGGCGAAAUUGACUGUUUCAGAAGCACCGCCUGAUUCCCCGUCGACGAAAAUUGAUGGGGCCGACAAGGAGGGGAGCUUGACGAGGAAGAAACUGAGGAUUCUGGUGGCGGGGGGUGGGAUUGGUGGGCUGGUUUUGGCGCUGGCGGCAAAGAGGAGAGGGUUUGAGGUUUUGGUGUUUGAAAGGGAUAUGAGUGCGAUUAGAGGGGAGGGACAAUAUAGGGGUCCGAUUCAGGUACAGAGCAAUGCGUUGGCUGCUUUGGAAGCCAUUGAUAUGGAUGUUGCAGAUGAGGUUAUGAAGGCCGGAUGCAUCACUGGUGAUCGGAUUAACGGAUUGGUUGAUGGGAUUUCCGGUAAUUGGUACGUCAAGUUUGAUACAUUCACUCCUGCAGCAGAACGGGGGCUCCCGGUGACAAGAGUCAUUAGCCGCAUGACUUUGCAACAAAUACUAGCUCAAGCAGUGGGGGAAGAUAUAAUUAUGAAUGAUAGCAAUGUUGUUAAUUUUGAGGAUCAUGGUGAUAAGGUUACUGUGACACUUGAGAAUGGACAACAGUAUGAUGGUGAUCUUCUAGUUGGUGCUGAUGGGAUAUGGUCGAAGGUUAGGAAAAAUUUGUUUGGACCCAAGGAAGCCACAUAUUCAGGCUACACUUGUUAUACGGGUAUUGCAGAUUUUGUUCCUGCUGAUAUUGGGUCUGUUGGGUACCGAGUAUUUUUGGGACACAAACAAUACUUCGUUUCUUCAGAUGUUGGUGGCGGAAAGAUGCAGUGGUAUGCUUUUCACAAUGAAGCACCUGGCGGUGUAGAUGCUCCCAAUGGUAAAAGGGAAAGGUUGUUGAAGAUUUUUGAGGGUUGGUGUGAUAAUGUGAUAGACCUAUUGCUUGCCACCGACGAAGAUGCAAUUCUUCGACGGGACAUUUAUGACCGCUCCCCAAUUUUUACUUGGGGAAGGGGCCGUGUAACCUUGCUUGGGGACUCUGUCCAUGCAAUGCAGCCCAAUUUGGGUCAAGGUGGAUGCAUGGCCAUUGAGGACAGCUAUCAGCUAGCAUUGGAGCUUGAUAAGGCUUGGGAGCGAAGCAUUGAGUCAGGAAGUCCUAUCGAUGUUGUUUCUUCAUUGAAGAGCUAUGAGAAUGCUAGAAAACUACGUGUUGCCAUCAUCCAUGGACUGGCGCGAAUGGCAGCAAUCAUGGCUUCAACUUAUAAGGCAUAUUUGGGUGUAGGCCUUGGCCCAUUGUCGUUUUUGACAAUGUUUAGGAUACCACAUCCUGGAAGGGUUGGAGGGAGAAUUUUUAUUGAGCCUGCAAUGCCUCUAAUGUUGAGUUGGGUUCUCGGUGGUAAUGGGUCAAAGCUUGAAGGGAGAUCAUUAAGCUGCAGACUCUCAGAUAGAGCAAAUGAUCAACUGAGGAGAUGGUUUGAGGAUGAUGAUGCUCUUGAGCGUGCUGUUAAUGGAGAGUGGUGUCUCCUCCCUUAUGGAAACAACAAUGGUGCUUUGAAACCUAUUUUCCUAAGUGGGGAUGAGAAACAACCUUGUAUAAUUGGAGGAGUAUGUAAUACAAAAAUUCCUGGAAUAUCAAUAGCCAUACCUUCACCUCAGGUUUCCGAAAUGCAUGCUCGAAUAAGCUGUAAGGAUGGUGCCUUUUUCGUGACCGAUUUGCGGAGUGAGCAUGGUACAUGGAUCUCAGAUAAUGAAGGGAAGAAGUACCGGGUGCCUCCCAACUUUCCUGCUCGUUUCCAUCCAUCAGACAUCAUCGAGUUUGGUUCUGAUAGAAAGGUGGCAUUUCGGGUAAAGGUGAUGAAGGAUCCACACAAGAUUGCAGAGAAGGAACUGAGUGGAGUUCUACAGCCGGUUUCGUAAGCCUCAACUGUACCAUUUUCAGUUGAGAUAUAGUGAAAUUAUACACAUUUAUUCGUGGCAGCAGAGCCUUGUAAAGAUACUGGAUUUUGUGUAAUCUAGAUCCCUAAAAAGAAGAAAAAGAAAAUACAUAUUGGAGGCCCACCCCAGCUUUUCUUCAAGUUAGAGAUGAAAAAGAACAUUUCAGUCCUCUUUCUUUGAAUGCUGGAAUAUGUAAAUGCAGAUAAACAGAAAGAUAGACAUUUACUGUUACAAGGUACCCUCCUAGUUCCCUCCUGUA